AGCAUAUCGUCUGUCGAGCAUCGAGGUGUUGGUGAGAAUCGAGUUGUGAGGCAGGUAGAAUCUGGAUGAAGCAACGUAAUCAGACGUUGCUCCUUGUGAAUUUGUUUACCUCCUUACUUUCAUACUCUUGAUCCCCUACAAGCCUUUCUUACACAGACAUUGGGGUGCUGCACACGGUAUCUCGUGCUGUCCGUGCGUUUCCUAACACUGUUGAGGUGCGUGGACUACCAGUCAUGUCGCGACCAUCCACCUCUGCGCAGCCUUUGAGCGCAUCAUCGGCAUCAGCCUCCUCGCACACUCGCAUCCUAUCGUUGCUCGGUUCGACCCUUGUUGCUCUUUCAGCUGGGUCCAACUAUGCAUUCUCUUCCUUUGCGCCACAGCUGCAGGACAUUGCACAUCUCACUAGCACCCAGAUCAACGUCGUCGGGUUGGCUGGAAAUGCGGGUGUGUAUUUAAGUGGGCCGCUUUGGGGGCGAUGGGUAGACCGUAGGGGCCCGAAGAGUGCCCUUAUUUCCGGUGCAGUCAUGGUGCUCGUUGGCUACUGGGGCCUCUCGCUCUCUUAUCAAUUGCCACAAGCAAUGGAGGGCGAAGAGCCUGCGGACACAAAACUAGCGCCGCCGUCCACGCAGCACCCAUUUUCAUUCCCGGCCAUCGUUUUUCUGAACCUCCUUACGGGUUUGGGAAACUCAGGAGCCUUCACCGCUGCGAUGAAUGCCCAAGCAAAGUCGUGGGGCGGGAAUCGACGCGGCAGCGCAACGGCGCUGGUGCUCUCUGGGUUUGGCCUCAGCGCAUUCGUCUAUUCGUCCCUCAGUCACACCCUGUUUCCUGGAAAUAUGCAAGACUAUCUGCUGCUGCUAGCGAUCGGGAGCGUCGUAAGCUUCCUUAUCGGUUUGGCUGUCAUUCGCAUCUUGCCACCUGCCGCCGAGGGGUCAGCACUCGCCGAUGCGAAUGGGGAACAGGAGGCAGAUGGACCCUACCAUCGCACAUCGCUUGCACGAAGUCCAUCGAGCACAGUGUCGUACUCUCGGAGGCGAACGAGCUCCGAUCUCAGCGCGAUCGCUUUCGCUCGAGCUGAGACCAUGUUGGAGCAAGGCGAUGCCGACGAGGAUAGUGCCAACCACUUUGCGACGCAACGUAAUGCCGACGUAUGCCGCGGACAUAUCACUCGCACAACGCCAGCGUAUGGUAACCGCGAAGACGUGGAGCCUGCGAGCCCGUCUGCGGGUCUGCUCUUCGAACCUGAGUCGUCGCGUCGUCGCCAGCCCGGCGCAAAGCGCAAUCCCCAGCCUGGUGUGGCCCUCGAUGUUACCGGGCUUGAACUCCUGAAGUGCAUCGACUUUAUACUGCUCUUUCUGAUCAUGGCGUUCAUUUCGGGAGCUGGAUUGCUUCUGAUAAACAAUGUUGGUACCAUCACACGCACGUUGUGGCGAUACAACCACAAUCGGGGGACUGGGAACAAGGGAGCUGGGUGGCCGCUUAGUAGGUAUGAAGCAAUAGGCUCAGAUCAGCUGGGUGCGCUAGCAAAAGACGACGCAGCGGUGGUCCAGCAAUACCAAGCUCACCAAGUAUCUGCCAUCAGCAUUGGCAAUGCUCUGGGCCGGAUCUUCAUCGGCCUAAUGGCCGAUUUGACUGUCAAUCUGUCUGGUAAUACGCGCCUACGAGUUUGGAUGCUUCUAUUCCCUUGCGGCCUUGCAAUCCUCUCCCAGUCGCUCGCCGCCGCGCCGAACACUGUGACGUCCAUCAAGAUGCUUCUCGUCGUCUCUGGAUCCACGGGGCUCAUGUAUGGCACGCUCUUUGGCAUCUGUCCCAGUCUCAAUCUGGAAUUUUUUGGGUUGAAGAAUUUUAGCCAAAAUUGGGGCUACGUCAGCCUCAGCCCUGUUGUUGCUGGCAACGUCUUCAACCUUCUUUUUGGGCGCAUCUACGACUCACAUGUCCCAAAGAAAUCAGCGACGCACGAAUGCGUAGACGGUGAAGAAUGCUAUCGGGCCGUUUUUGUGAUCACCACCUGGUGCGCUGUCGCAGCUACUGUGUUGAGCCUGGUGCUGAUCUACCGACGAGCAGGCAAUCCAAACCAGGUCCGACGCUACGCACAGCGAUAGAAGCACAUUGACGCUCUCAUGUCAUCAUGUAUGUGUAUUCACUGUAAAGCCUCAUCGGCCCCAGCAUAGCUGAUGGCUGGGGUAUAAAAUAGAAGGAAGCCACGCGUCCUGCCUGAG